GCAGCUCCACAAGGCUUGAAAUCGCUGGAGAACGUCGCAAAUCGAGGCCGCGUUAUCAAAGGACUGCACAUUUCUUCGCGCGCAACGAUGCGGCACCGGCGCGCACGCCUCGCAGCGCUGCUGGCGACGGCAGCCGCCCUCGCACCGCGCCCGCCCUUCCGGAGGCGGCGCACGCGCCUCCGCGCCACCGCCGAACCCAUGACAACGCCGACAUUAACGAGGUGGCUCCUCGACCACACGCGCCAAAACCCGAGCCAAGAAGAUCUGGAAGCUCUACUUUCGUCGAUCGCGAUGGGAUGUAAGACCAUAAGUGGCAUCGUCCAGAGAGCAGGAGUAGAUGGCUUGGACGGCGCCGCGGACACCAUUAAUGUGCAAGAUGAACAGCAGAAGCAGCUGGACAUCAUCGCCAACGAGGUGCUUAAGGACGCUUUACGAUAUACUGGAAAAGUAGGUUUAGCGGCCUCGGAAGAAGAAGCCGACCCCAUGCUCGUCGAGGAGGCCUUCGGGAGUAAAUAUGUGGCGGUCUUCGACCCGCUCGAUGGUAGUAGUAAUGUGCAAGCGGCGGUCGCGACGGGGACGAUCUUCGGGAUCUUCAAGCAAAACGUCGAGUGUUUGGUGGACGACGACGACGAAAACAUGGACGACGAUCAGACGCGGUGUCUGCUGAACGCGCUGCAGCCGGGGCGGUCGCUGGUGGCCGCGGGCUACUGCAUGUAUUCUUCGUCCACGGUACUUGUUUUUAGCUUGGGUGAUGGUGUCCACGGCUUCACGCUGGACCCGCGUUCCCAAGAAUUUGUGUUGUCCCAUGACGACGUCCGAAUACCGGAGCGGGGGCCCUACUACUCGUUCAACGAGGGCAAUGCGAAGGAGUGGGAUGCGCACGUGCGAGGGUAUUUAGAUUCGCUCCAGGGCGUUAAAGGUUCGAGAUAUGUCGGUUCCAUGGUCGCCGACGUCCAUCGAACAUUAUUGUAUGGCGGCAUCUAUGGGUAUCCGGCCGAUACGAAAAACAAGAAUGGCAAAUUGCGACUGCUGUAUGAGGCCGCGCCGAUGUCGUUUUUGGUAGAGCAGGCCGGCGGGCGGUGUUCAGAUGGCAGAAGGCCGAUCAUGGACGUCGUCCCUUCCUCGGUGCACCAGCGCGUGCCCGUGUUCCUGGGGUCGUCCGAGGACGUCCGCGACCUCGAGGCGUUCUAUUCUGAUGAUUUAUAAGUAGUGUUUGUG